AUGGGUGAUGCACUUGUGCAUGCAUACCUUCGUAACAGCCAACGCUGCCCAUUCUUAAAGCUGUCCUUUAAAAUUUCCGUUCUAAAUGUGCUUGAGAGUAUCAACUGUUUCAAUACCCCGGUAGCAUCAGUUGACUUUCUCCUAGUGGAAUCUCCCUUGGAUGUUAUCAGAGUAUCGGGGCCUCACAUAUUACCCAAAGUUGCAGAGCGGCUAAGUCCUGUUUCUGUUCUGGAGACUCCAUCAGAAGAUGGGAAAUCAACUCCACAAUGCUUGGAAAGAUUCUCUGCAGAUCUUCAGGAUAUUCAAAGAAAACUUAACUUUCUGGAGUUGGAAACUGUUCAUUCUGGUGAUGAGCAUUCGAAACCUCUUAUUUUUGAUGAUGAGGUUAACAAGAAAAUUUUGAAUUCAUUAAAGAAUGAGAGUGAAAGGGAUUUCUUGUACUUGCUAGACAUACUUACUGUCUCGGGUAUAUAUGCUGCCAGCCAAAAUAAGUUUUUUGAUGCAUGCUACUCACCGGAUUAUCCAGUAUUCCCAGAUGUAUUUGACAAACUUGAGAGUGAGUACCAUAUGGCUAAUUCAUGGCCUAGAUCAGAUAGGAAACUUCUGUUUGAUCAUAUAAACUCCAUUCUAGCGGAGGUCCUUGCCCCAUGCAUGGAUUUUCAUCCGUGGGUGAAGUUGAAGAGAAGAAAUUCUUGUGGUCAUGGAAGAUUGGUUGAUGAGUCGUGGCGCCUUUUAGUUCGACAACAGAAGGAACUCAGUAGGGGUAAACCAGACGAGAAGGUUCUAGAUACCAGGUGGUUUUAUAUAGAUGAUCACAUGGACAUGAUUGGAAGAGAAAUUGAGAGAAUGCUGAAGGAUGACCUCUUGAAUGAACUUGUUUCUGAAUUUGUCUUGGGAUAUCCAAACUCUAUCCAUGGCUUCUGAAAAUUAUAACUUAAAAUGGAAUUACUUGUUCCAAGAUUGACUUGGGUUAUUCCCAUGCUAAUGUGCUCUCCCGUCAAGUUGCAAGGAAUUUCAUGGCCUGCAGGCUCACUUCAUAAUUGCCAGAUGAUAGAGAACUAACAAAGCUGCCAAUAUUUUUAAGCGUCUUGUUGCUUGAUACCAGAGGUUUUACUUUGAGGUCCACUGAGGAUAACUCCAGCGGUGUUGUGAGUUUCUAAUGAUGAAAUGCCAGAUUCGGCAAAGACAGUUGAAAGCUCUAGUUAUGUAGAGGUGGCAGCGCGGUGUCUAAGCUUGCCGAGGAUCAGUAUGAUUCAUCUUUGAGCAGAGUGAGCAGAGUCCAUUUUGUUUAAAGAUCGGCUAUUGCACUAAUGAUCGGUUACCGUCGAACCCUAACGAAGGUGCAUUUCUUUUUUGUGCUUCACUUGUAUGUACAUAAUCUAUUUUGGGCUUCGUUUGGGACGGCUUAUUUACUGCUUCUUAAAAUGACUUUUUAGUACAAAAUUUUUAAUUUUUAUACUAAAAAAACUGCUUUAAGAAGCGGCAAGAAAGCUGUUCCAAACGAAGCCUUAAUUUACACAGUUCCACCAUGCAACUCGCAAUGAUUUGUUUUUUGAACCUUAAAUUUUAAAAAAUUGGGUAAGUUUUGCUUGGAACUUAUUUUGUUUCCUUUUAUACUAGUAGUAUUUAAUAUUGGCUUGAAUUUUAUUUAUA